UGGCAUAUAAGCGAGCGCGCAAAAGCAUUUCAAUUUCAACACGUUCGGAUGUGAACUUGUCCGUGUGUUCAGUCGGUUUCCAUCAGUUUCCGAUUCACCUGUUGUAGAGUGAUAUAUGAAAAUUCGAAUGAAUUAACAGUUUCCUGAUUUUUAAUUUUCGUGUUGUGCUCUUGUGUGAAGUGUUCUUUCGUCAUAAUCUGUGAUUUUAAACCUUCAAACUGUUUUAUUCAUUAUAAGAAUAUCUCAUUUGGUCCUAUAAUAUUUGUAUUAUGGAGAAUGAAAAUGGCUUUAGGAACAAUUAUUCCAACCAUAAGGACAAUAAAUGGCAAUCAUUGCAAAAAACAAUAUACGAUUCCUCCAAGAAUGAAAUAUUAGGCAGGACGCCUAAGAGUUGGGGUCAGUUGUUGGUGUUUUACAUAAUCUUCUACGCAGUUUUAGCAGCCCUUUUUGCAAUAUGCAUGCAAGGCCUAAUGGCAACCAUCAACGACGUUGAACCAAAAUGGACUCAAAGUCAAAGUCUCAUAGGGGUGAAUCCUGGUCUUGGUUUCAGACCUCUCCCAGCGAAAACAGAAGAUGGUGCCUUGAUCUGGUACAGUGAUCAAAACUUGACAACUGGACAAAAAUGGAUAGAUCUACUUAACAAUUUCUUAAAGCCUUAUCAAAGAGACUCAACUGGUCUUAAUGUGAUUCCUUGUGACUACGAUAUGAAACCUGACGAGAGCAAUGUGUGUAUGGUUAAUAUUUCUUUAUUCGGUCCUUGCUCUCCUGAAGAGGGUUAUGGGUAUACGACUGGAUCACCGUGUGUGUUUUUGAAGUUGAAUAGGAUUUGGGGUUGGGAACCUGAAUUUUUUACCGAACCUACAGAUCUGAUGCCAAUAGAAUUGCAAACCACCAUAAAAGAGAUCCCGAACGAAAAGCGGGAAAACAUAUGGAUUAAUUGUGAGGGAGAAGGACCAGCAGAUAAGGAAAAUAUUGAACAAUUUGAGUACUUCCCUCACCGAGGAUUUCCAGGAUAUUUUUACCCCUUUCGUAAUGUGAAGAACUACCUAAGUCCUUUGAUAGCAGUGAGGAUUACUAAUCCCACCCCAAAUGUAGUCGUGAACAUCGAAUGCAGAGCAUGGGCGAAGAAUAUCGAAUAUGUUGGCGGUAAUCUGGUUAGAGAGGGAUCUGUGCAUUUCGAAAUUAUGGUGGAUUCGAAAGCUAAUUUCACGCAAACUCCUAAAUGAGAAGUGGUGCGGAAAUUUUACCAUUCAAUCAUUAAUUUAUUAUCAUUUCAACUCAUGAAUGUUUGGCCAUUUCAAAGAUUUUCAACGUUAAGCUGUCUUUACAUUGUUUGUGAAUUUGUUGUUGUAUUUUCUUUGUGUAGAAUAGAUGAAGUGUGGUCAUCUGAAAAAUGCGAUUUAUUUUUUUGAAAUGAGAGAUAUAUGCUUACAUUUAGUGUAUGUACUUAAAUGGUUUUUAUUAUUGUCUAUGUAUUGUUUUUUGUUGAUCUCUCGAUUGUUUUUAAGUACAUUUUUAUGAAAGUAUUAUUUAAAAUAGUUCUUUUUUUGCAUAUAUGAGUUUGUGUUUAUAGGCCAGCGAGUAUCAAUUAAAAUAAAAUCAAGUUUUUUCAUAACAAAUUUCAACGUCAAGUCAUGGAAAGGAAUAUGCCAUAUUUAUUUUUAAAUAAUGGAUGCUUUAAUAUUGUUGUCGAGUAUUAUAAUGUUUUAUUGUACUUAUUCAGAUAUUUAGAGUUGCUUCAACCAUUCGGUUAGCUACUUAAGUUUUUUUAGAAAUCAUAUAUUUUCUUGAGAAUAAAUCUGACCUUACUCUACAAUUAAUUUCUCAAUUAUUCUAGAAACGAUUCAUUUGUUAAGUCAGGUUUUUGUGAGUUACCCUGUAUUUUUAUAGAAAACACACCAUAUCGGUUUUGAAAUUUUUUUAAAAAUCAACUAUUCAAUCUAGCGUUCAAAACUGGUUCAAAACUACGCGGAACAAAUAAAAGGAAACCUAAGAAUAAUUACUGUUUGAAUAAGCCCGAAUGAUGUUCGAGUUUUUAUUUUUUAACGAUUAAAGAGACUUCAUGUUUUUUUAUUAUUAUACCUGAAUUUGCAGUUAUUCAAAUUUUAUUUAUUGUAGAAACUAGAAAGAUGUAAAUGAAAAGUUCUGAUUUGUGUAUGACUGUAUAUUUAUGGAUAAUAAACUUAUUUUUGGUUUUAA